GUGCGGAACACGUGGUAUGACCCCGGAAAUCCAGGAAAGACCGAAAACUUUCUCUCCAAGGCAUCCAUAUUCGCGUGCCAAACCCUACUAAACCACUCACCACUUUCUCCCUCCCACAUAUUUGGUAUCUAAAAAAUCAAGGAGUCCACAUUGGAAUUAAUUCUUUGAAUUCUUUUGAAGCGAAAAUGGGGAGUUUGAAUUUGUAUGAGAGGUUUUCUAGGACAUUUCGUGAACAUCCGUCUCUUUCGAAAUUUCUAGUGGUUUUUGCACUCAGUGGUGGGGGUGUUGUGGCUUAUUCAGUUGCAAAUAGUGAAAAUUAUGAUAAUGUGGGUAACCAGAAAAAGAAGGUUGUCGUGCUUGGCACUGGUUGGGCUGGAACAAGUUUCUUGCGGAAUCUUAAGAACCCCUCUUAUGACGUCCAAGUAAUAUCACCAAGGAAUUACUUUGCAUUUACACCUUUACUACCAAGCGUAACAGUUGGCACUGUUGAAGCGCGCAGCGUUGUGGAACCAAUUCGCAACAUUGUCAAAAAGAAGAAGGUAGACGUUGACUUUUGUGAAGCUGAAUGCUAUAAGAUUGAUGCAAAGAAGAAGAAAGUGUAUUGCCGGUCAACUAAAAAUGACAAGGAAGAAUUUGUUGUCGAUUAUGAUUACCUGGUUGUUGCCAUGGGAGCUCGUGUGAAUACGUUUAACACGCCUGGCGUGGAAGAAAACUGCCUCUACUUGAAGGAAGUUGAAGAUGCGCAGAAGAUUCGCAGGAAAGUAAUCGAUUGCUUUGAAAAGGCGAGCCUGCCUAAUGUGAGUGAUGAUGAGAGGAAAAGGAUGCUUCAGUUUGUUGUUGUGGGUGGUGGUCCAACCGGUGUGGAGUUUGCAGCUGAGCUUCAUGAUUUUGUAUCAGAGGACUUGGUUAAAUUGUACCCAACCGUGAAAGACUUUGUGAAAAUAUCACUUCUGGAGGCAACUAACCAUAUUCUGAACAUGUUUGACAAAAGAAUCACGGUUUUCGCUGAAGAAAAGUUCCAUAGAGAUGGUAUAGAUUUGAAAACAGGAUCAAUGGUGGUCAAUGUCUCAGAUAAAGAAAUUUCAACAAAAGAGAUCAAAACUGGGAAAAUCUCAACUAUACCCUAUGGGAUGGCAGUAUGGUCAACAGGCAUUGCCACUCGUCCCGUCGUGUUGGAUUUUAUGAAGGAAAUCGGGCAGGCGAAUCGACGCGUUUUAGCUACUGAUGAAUGGCUUCGAGUUGAAGGGACCAACGACAUAUAUGCACUAGGGGAUUGUGCCACGAUAAACCAGCGUAAAGUCAUGGAGGAUAUUUCAGCUAUAUUUGAAAAGGCUGACAAGGACCAGUCUGGAACAUUGACUGUUAAAGAGUUCCAAGACGCGGUUAAUGACAUAUGCGAUCGAUAUCCUCAGGUGCAACUGUAUCUAAAGAAUAAGAAUAUGAGCAGCAUUGUUGAUCUACUAAAGGAGACCAAGGGUGAUGUUGUAAAAGAAAUCAGUGUUGAUGAAUUUAAAUCAGCAUUAUCUCAAGUCGAUUCUCAGGUGAAGAAUUUCCCAGCAACCGCCCAGGUUGCAGCUCAGCAGGGCACCUACCUUGCAGAUUGUUUCAACCGCAUGGACAAGUGUGAGAAACAUCCGGAAGGUCCAAUACGUUUCAGAGAGUCAGGACGACAUCGUUUCCGUCCUUUCAGAUACAAACAUCUUGGUCAAUUUGCCCCAUUAGGAGGAGAGCAAACAGCUGCCCAACUCCCUGGAGAUUGGGUCUCUAUCGGGCACAGUUCUCAGUGGCUAUGGUAUUCGGUUUAUGCAAGCAAGCAAGUGAGUUGGCGUACGAGGUCGUUGGUGGUCUCAGACUGGAUGAGGCGUUUCAUCUUUGGCAGGGACUCGAGCCAAAUAUAACAAACAAUUUUCCCCUAACUCGUUCUGUCCAUUUACGAAUUACAAACAUCGAGUUACAUCUCGUCAACAACCUACUUUACUUGAUCUUCUCUAUUUCAGUUUCUAAAUUUUUACCUUUUUAUGUUGCUACAUGUUGUUUAACACAACUUGUGCACCAAUUGCGUACAGGUAGAAAAACCAUAAUGACUAUUCCCAUCA